CUGGGUUGACAUCCUCACCGGGGGAGAGUGAACUAAACCCGGAGCCAACAUGACCAGCAACCCGUGUGAAAGCGCGGCUUCGGAGGCGAAAGAUCAAGCAGGCGAGCUGAGCUCUGGGUCUCGGGCUCCGGUCAGAUGGGGUCCUCAACACGCCGGCGCUCGGGAGCUCGCUAAUUUAUACUCUCCAGGUAAAAGGUGUCAGGAAUGGAUCAGUGUUAUUCUCUGUUUCACGCUCAUGGCCUUUAAUUUCUUUUACCUCGUCACCCACGUCCACCUUAGCCAUGUCUGGUACAUCCUUCUGGGAGUUGUGGCAGGAAUUCUUACCGCAGACUUUGCCUCCGGGCUGGUCCAUUGGGGGGCUGACACGUGGGGGUCUGUGGAUCUGCCCAUCUUUGGAAAGGCUUUCAUCCGUCCGUUUCGGGAACAUCAUAUCGAUCCCACAGCCAUCACACGGCACGAUUUCAUAGAAACAAACGGCGAUAACUGCAUGCUGACGAUCAUUCCCCUAGCUAACAUGGCCUACAACUUUUACACUCUAUCACCAGUGGAGAUUUAUCAUAUCUUCCCCUGGUACUGCUACCUUUAUUCUUUGGGCAUAUUUGUGACACUGACCAAUCAGAUCCAUAAGUGGUCUCACACCUAUUUUGGACUGCCACGCUGGGUCACCUUCUUGCAGGACUGCCACAUCAUUCUCCCUCGCAAACAUCACAGAGUUCAUCAUGUAGCGCCUCACGAGACUUAUUUCUGCAUUACUACAGGCUGGUUGAACUACCCCCUGGAGAAGUUUGGCUUCUGGAGGAAUCUGGAAGACAUCAUCCAGAGCCUGACAGGAGAGAAGCCCAGAUCAGAUGACUUGAAAUGGGCUCAGAAAACCCAGUAAUGUUGCUCUGGUGCCAGUGUCCCUCUCCUACCUCAUGCCUCUGCACAGAGGUCCAGCCUCCAUGUCCUCCUCAUCAGCUCCCGAGCAUUGACCCAUCCAGUGGGGAUGAUGAUGAUAAUACCUGAAUGAUGCUGAUAAUGCAAAAAGCUUCCAGCCCACAGAGAGAAGAAAGGAGGAGACAAGUGGAGAGUGUGUUCGCAAGCAAUACUUCUCUGCACUCCUCAUCCAGCAACAGCACUUAACUCUGUUUUUAUACUCACUGGUUUUCUCCCUCUUUUCCUACACAAAGAAGCCAUUUUACCUCCGCUGUUGGGGUAUUAAGUAUCCAAAAAUGCCCUGUUGAAAAAAAAACUUGAAACCUGACGCGAAAUUAAAAAUCCACAUUUGGGGGGAAAAAAAAAAAAUUGACCAGUGAGCUACAGUUCAAACAGAUGCCUUUUUAAAACAAACCCAGCUCACAGAUUCCUGCAGACUGACUAGUUCAAUUAACUCUAGGCCAGCCUACUCUCUCUCUUUGGCUCUCUCGCUGUUUCAGUCUGAAGCAAGGAAUCCACCUCCUUCCCAGCCCUUCUCUUUUCACUGACAUCAUGGCUUAUUAUAAUAGAGGGCUGGAACCAGUGUCUUCACUUGUCGCUGAUGUCUGAACAGACAAAGCCGUUGAAUAUGCAGUCUUUCCUCAGUCCGCCUUACUUAUGCAGUACAUGCAGCAGAGACAGUUGAAUCUGGUUUGUUACACACACAUACACACACUUGCACAAACACACUCCGCAAUUUACACUUUGCACUCCAAAUACGAAUCCUUCAUAUGAAACCUUUGGUUUGUGAAUCGAUCGUACACGCUCUUGUUACAAUAUGCCCCCCAACCGCCCCACACACACACUGUUACACAUCUAGAAAGGAAGUGCUUUGUUUUUUGCACAACAUUCUCUCCAGUUAAUUUUCUGGCUCUAUUUAUUCACGGGUGCUCUAAGGACAGCCAAACACACACCUAUUUGUAACAUUUGUACUUUUGCUUUAAACUGAAUUUUCAGUGGAAGCUUUGAGAGCUAAACAAAUCCUAAAUCUCAUUACAACAUACAGUACAUGCAUAGGAAAGGUUCGUGUAGUUCUAUAAUCUUAUUUUUUAUGUCUUAAAUGAUCAAGUAAACGUAGUUAAGCAUGGCUGCUCAGUUGAAUGAUCUUGUACUGUUAGUCUGUUCAUGUGAGAGACAGGGUUUUGGGUCAAUUAUUAGAGCAUCUUAAACUACUCUUAAAAAUAUUAUAUUAUAACACUUCCAUCAGCUUCAUACAGCUAGUUAUAAAGCCGUUUAUAAUUGCCAUAUAAAUGCAGAAUAUGUACAAAAUCGACCAAAAGAAUUUUAAUCAUGAUUAUAUCAUAGUUUUUUUUAUUUUUUAAAUAAUGUCAAUAUCAAGUUACACUGAUUAUACUAACCUGGUCACUCGCCUUAUUCCACUGGUUUGUUCUCACUAUGUAGUGGGACUGCAAGUUAUGUGUAUAUUCUCUGCACAAAAUUUGGUUUUUUAAUAGUUUACUAUUUGCCAUAAACUGACUACACAUCUUUGCUUGAUUUAGGGAAAAAAUAGAAUAAAUAUAGAUUUUUUUACACAGAGGUAUUUAAGCGAAAUAGCUAGUGCUGGUCCUUUUUGCAACCGCACUUUUUGAGGUUAUUACUUGAAAUUAGAUGAAUCUAUAAUGAUAUAAUUAUAUAGUAAGUGAUGUGUCUAGAAGGAAUAUAUUUCUUGUAUAAACAAGGUGUUAUAUUAAGAAUUACAAUCACGUUGUUGUCCAAAGGUGUUUUUUUUUUUUUUUUUUUUGGGUGCCAUUUUUUUCACUAUUUGUCAGCUGUUGAUCUUGUCCUCCUGUACUUUAACAGAUUGUGAUGCAUUAAGUGUAAUCCUCCAUUUGGAAAUUUUUAAAUCUAAACCUUGGUUAAACCAUAACAAUAUGCUAAUGGGGGUUUCUUAUAUAGGAAAUGUUUAAUCAUUUGCCAGUAUGCCUUUUUUUUCUAUUUUAUUAGUACUGUUGGAUAUGUGAUGGGUCAACACUUUAAAAGGUCAUUAAUUAUAAAGGUGUCAAAUUACAUGGAGCAUAAGAACAACUGCCAGGUUUUUUUCCUUUUCAAAUUGAUUUGUGAAAUGUGCACAUUUUCAGAUAUUUUUUGAGUACAUUGUUUAUUUCUAGUAUUUUUUUUCAAGUAUGAGUUUGUAAAUUAAGGUUUAUGCGUGGUGUUUUCAACAUUUGAUACUGAUCAUUGAAAUUAUUUCACUUGCUUGGUAUGUCUUAGUGUUGUUAGGCUGGUGUUAAUUGAAGCCAUGGAGAACCGAAAGGGGUAAAUGCAGUUUUUUUUUUCUCAUAAAAAUACUUUAUUAUAUAAAAGUACUAUCGCUAAGACUGUAAAAAGGAAUAUUCACAUAGAAACUCUGUGAACGAGAGCUAUGUCUUGUGAAUAAAGUAAUCAUGCAUACAUCUUUGAUCUUAUAGAAAAAUCCACACUAAUUCAAUUUAAUAUCAUUGGCACUUCUGUUUUAUUCUCGAUGCAAUAUUUUAGCUUGUUAGUAAGAUAUUAAACGGUUGUUUGAUCAGUGCUGGGCUAGGUUCAAGCCAUGUUCAAAUCUUUGGGUCAUAAUCUCCCAAUAGGUCAAAUAGAAAAUGUAAAAAUAAAAAGUCUAUAAAAUCUAUUUAAAUACAUUGCAUAGUACUGUUGUAUAAGUGACUUAUGACUUUCGUGUUACAGCUAUUAAGAAUCCACUUUACGACUUUAAUGCUGGUGCAUUGCAUUUGUAACCUAAUUUUCCCAUGAAAUAUCAUAACAUUUGCCUUCACAUCUAAAAUUAUCAAUAUGUUAUUAUAACUAUUAUUAUUUUGGUGUACUAAUCUACCCGAUUUCAUAACUGAAUGUGGCUUUAAGUGUGUUGAACGAUCUUAUGAUGGUGCUCAGAACACUGAUUCAGAAACAAAAUUGAAUGUCAAUGUCUAUUUCUUCACAUUCACAAACAUGGGUGUUAAAAUAAUUGGAUGUAAUUUUUUUUUUAUUUGAUUGUACAUGUCCAACUUUAAUCAUUGAACACUAUGUUAAAAAGGCAGCAGUGUAAAGUGGGGAUGUAAUAUGUCUGUAGCACUUUCUUAGUUGAUUACACACCGUAAGGUCUCAGAUUUGUUAACAUGAUUGAAGUUUUGUUCUGCGUGGACAGUUUUCAUGUGAGUUUGAUUGAAGUGGAUUUUUGUGGCAAUUCAAACUUAAAUAUAUAUAAAAAAAUGCCUUGAUGCCUUUUUGUUGUCUCCCCAAUAGGAAGACUUUAAUGUUACAUGUAUAUAUUAUAUUUAGAAUGAAAUUAAUAAACUAGCAGAUAUAAUCAUUGCA